AUGCCGACCAACGUGUCUUCCAAGAGUUUAUCCCUCGAAAUGUCUAAGCAAAAGCCCACCUCCAUCUCCAUCCAACCUAAAGACUUUGUUCGUCACCACAACAGCAAAGAUAGCACCGGCGCUGGUGUCUUUGACACCUACUCUGUUGGAAGGCGUCUCGGGAGCGGCGGAUAUGGUUCUGUUUACGGCUGUAGGCACAAGCAAACUGGAGUGGAGCGGGCCAUGAAAGUCAUGACAAAGAAGCGAUCUGGUUCCUCUUCGAGUGUUAAUGGUGACAAUGCCGAUAUCUCUGGCAGGAUUGCCAGCAACCCCAAAGUGGAUUUGUCGGCGUCACAGGACAAGCCUUGUGGCAAGAAGAAGCAACAGCAGAAGCAGCAGCAACAGCAAGGCAGAGAAAUCCGGGAAUUCCAUGCCGCCAAGAAGAUGGAUCAUCCCAACUGUGUGUCUGUCUAUGAGUGCUUUGAAGAUUCACGCAAUGUCUACAUUGUCAUGGACCUCUUCGAAGGGGGCAACAUGCUCAGUGCCUUGACGUCUAAUCUGGGUUGCUUGAUGGAAGCCAAUGCUGCUCUUCUUGUUAACUCUAUCUUGUCCACUGUCAACUACUGUCACACCCACCUGAAUAUGGUUCACCUUGACUUAAAAUUGGAAAAUGUGAUGUUUGAAACUGACUCCUACAAGUUCAAGGAUGCCAAGAUUAUUGACUGGGGAUUGGCCAAACCGGUUGCGAUUGAUGCCAACGGCAAUCUAAUCCGUUUUCGACAGGUUGUUGGUAGCACAUCGUACAUGUGUCCUGAGGUUUUCCAGGCUUCCUAUGAUCCAUACAAACAAGAUAUUUGGAGUAUUGGAGUCAUGACCUUCAUCAUGAUGUCAGGAUACCCACCUUUUAAUGGUAGCACGGAGCAUGAGGUCAUGACCAGUGUCUUGAUGCACAGCGAGCAGACCAUGGAACAGGCCAUGUCUGCCUCGCCUGUCUGGGAUACAGUCUCGGACGAGGCCAAAGAUUUCAUCAUGAGUCUCAUGGCCUUUGACGAAAAGGACAGACCUACAGCUGCUCAGGCUCUACAGCACCCCUGGUUACAAGGGAUCCGUGCCAACGCUAGCAUGGCUCAGGACUUGGCAUUUCAACAGGAUCCCAUGUACCGGAAAGCCUUGCAAUCUGUCUUUGGGAGCCUUGUGCGUUCCUCCGUCGUAGCCAAAAGAGCAAGGGAGAAUGGUUGUGGUAGUAGUACUCUGAUCUGGAGAAAGAUCACUGCCGCAUUGCUCGUGUCGCAGUAUGGUAUAAUGGGAGCGACAAGGGAAGUGUUGGACGAUUGCUUUCGAGCCAUGGACACCAACUUGGACGGUGUGCUGACACAGGAUGGCUUCCACCGAGGUCUCGAACGCUUCUACCCACAUGUCCUGUCGCGAGAG